AUGUUGCAAAACGUAGACCUUGUCUUCCGGGCUAUCAUGGAAGAUAAAAUCAAAAUUGUUAAUAUUGGCAACGAAGAUGUAGUGAAUGGAAACCUGAAACUCAUCUUGGGUUUGAUUUGGCGCCUUAUUCUACGGUACCAGAUCUCGACUUCCAACGCCAGAGCGGCACCAAAAAUGCUAAUGAUCAACUGCCUUCAAUCCUUCUUACCUGACUGUAAUAUAACAAAUUUCUCGUCGAACUGGAGCGAUGGAGUUGCCCUUCAUGCAUUAAUGGAAAAACUACAACCUGGAACGUGUCCAAACUGGAAACAGUUGUCACGCACCAACAACCUGCGUAUAUCUAUCUAUCUAUCUAUCUAUCUAUCUAUCUAUCUAUCUAUCUAUCUAUCUAUCUAUCACAAUCUGUUCAUAUCCAUGUAUUUCAGACUCUUCAUAUCCAUCCUCAUCAAUUUGUUCAUAUCUAUCUAUCUAUCUAUCUAUCUAUCUAUCUAUCUAUCUAUCUAUCUAUCUGAUUCUGUUAAUUUUCUAUCUAUAUAUCUAUCAAUCUAUCUUUGA